CGAGCGCGGCUGGUGGAAAUGUCGAUUCUUGUUGGUGCAUGAUUUGGCAGUAAAGUAUUUUGAGCAUCAUUGCAGAAUGGCGACCAAAACUGCACCCAAGAGUCAGCUAAGACUGGAAUGGGUGUAUGGUUAUCGGGGACACCAGUGUCGUAAUAACCUAUUUUACACUGCCAGCAAAGAAGUGACCUAUUUUGUGGCCGGUGUGGGAAUUGUUUACAACCCAAGGGAACAUAAACAACGAUUCUUUUUAGGACACGAUGACGAUAUAUUAUGCCUGGCCCUUCACCCAGAUAAGACCAUGGUUGCCACUGGGCAGACAGGAAAGAAUCCGUUUAUUUGUGUAUGGGACACAGCUACCAUGGAAACAGUUUCCAUUCUACGUGAUGGACAUCAAAAUGGCAUUGCAGCGGUAGCAUUUGACAAAGAUGGAGGGCAUGUAGUGUCUGUAGGAUUGGACCAGCACUCUACCAUUAAUGUGUGGGACUGGAGGAAAGGCAAGAUUCUGGCCACGGUGCGGGGACACUCGGAUAGGAUCUUUGAUGUCCAGUUUAACCCAUAUGCAGCAAACAGUAUAGUAAGUUGUGGUGUCAAACACAUCAAGUUCUGGUCUCUCUGUGGUAAUGCUCUGACCCCUAAGAAAGGUGUGUUUGGGAAGGUAGGGGAGAUCCAGACCAUCCUCUGCCUGGCGUUUGGUCCAGACGACACGACGUACUCUGGAACGUUGGCUGGAGAUGUCUACAUCUGGAGAGGAAGUCACUUAGACCGAGUCAUUCCGGCAGCUCACCAGGGUGCAAUAUUUACUAUGGACAUGUCAGAGGAUGGGUACAGUACUGGAGGUAAGGAUGGGGUGGUGAAACUGUGGGACCCAGACUUUAAACCAGUUACCAGCAUCAACCUGGCCAACUCACCAGCUGGAUAUAAAGGAUUAACUGUGCGGAGCGUUUGCUGGCGAGGGGAUCGGGUGCUAAUUGGGACACAGGACAGCCAGAUAUUUGAGGUGAUGGUCCGAGACAGAGACAAGCCACACUGCUUAGUGGACGGCCAUGCAGAGGGAGAGUUAUGGGCCUUGGCAGUCCAUCCUAAGAAACCUAUUUUUGCCACAGGAAGUGAUGACCAGACUUUAAGGCUGUGGAACAUGAACAAUUUUGAGAUCCUCUCCAAGAUGUCUGUGGACCAGAAGAUCCGGAGCUGUGCCUUUGAUGCGGACGGAAGCCAUAUUGCUUUGGGUCUCACUGACGGCUCAUUCAUGGUGUUAAAAUCCAGAGAUUUAUCUGAGGUCGUCCACCUGAAGGAUAGGAAGGAGGUCAUACACGAGAUGAAGUUUUCGCCGUGUGGUAAAUACCUGGCCGUCGCUUCUAAUGACAACUUUGUGGACAUCUACUCAACAGAACAGCGGUAUAAACUCCUGGGAACAUGUCGUGGCAGCUCAAGUUUCAUCACUCAUAUAGACUGGUCUACAGACAGCCAGUACCUACAGACAAACAGCGGGGCCGCAGAGAGACUCUUCUACAAAAUGCCAGCUGGAAAACAAGUGACGAACAAAGAGGAGAUCUCCAGUAUACAUUGGUGCACAUUUACUGGUGUCUUAGGGAACGAGGUCAACGGGAUCUGGGAGAAAUACACCGAUACUAACGACGUCAAUGCUGUGGACGCUUAUUUCCAAGGGGAGGUGCUGGUCACCGGGGAUGAUUUUGGACUUGUUAAGCUGUUUAAAUUUCCAUGUUUGAAAAAAGGUGCAAAGUUUAGGAAGUAUGUGGGACACUCAGCUCAUGUGACCAAUGUGCGAUUUUCUCAUGACAAGACGAGGGUCAUUUCUACUGGGGGUGCCGAUCAUGCCAUGUUCCAGUGGAAGUUUUUAUUGGAUGGAAGUAAUGAACCCGACCCUCAGUCAGGUUUUGUGGACUCUAACAGUGAGGAGAGCGACUCCGAUUUAUCAGACGUUGCUGACAUGGACUCCGAUUUGGAAGCAGAGAAACAAGUCGUGUAUUCUAGGGCCAUCUAUAAAGAGGAUGCCGCAAAAAUCCGAAAAAUGAUAAAGGACGAGCUGCCAGCAGGACAGAAGCGUAAACGGGGACCAACUGCAGGACUGAAACUGCAGUUUAUUCAUGGGUACAGGGGUUAUGACUGCCGCAACAAUUUGUUCUACACCCAGAAUGGUGAAGUGGUAUACCAUGUGGCGGCCGCUGGUAUUGUGUAUAACAGAGAGAAACACACCCAGAAGUUCUACACGGAGCAUACGGACGACAUCUUAUGUCUGUGUAUACACCCGAUCAAGGACCUGGUGGCUACAGGACAGGUUGGUCGGGACCCUGCUGUUCACGUUUGGGACGCGGAAACUCUGAAGACAGCCUCCAUACUGAAAGGACAGCACCAGAGAGGAGUCUGUGCUGUAGAUUUUUCAGGUGAUGGUAAAAAGUUAGCCUCUGUUGGAUUGGAUGAUAAUCAUUGUAUCGUUGUCUGGGAUUGGAGAAAAGGAGAAAAGUUAGCUACCACCAGAGGUCAUAAAGAUAAGAUAUUUGUCAUCAAGUGGAAUCCAUUUGAAGCCAACAAGUUGAUAACAGUAGGAGUUAAACACAUCAAAUUCUGGUCGCAAGCAGGUGGUGGCUUCACGUCCACACGUGGUACCUUUGGUAACGUGUCUAAGUCCUGUGACAUGCUCUGUGUGGCGUUUGGGAAGGCAGCGGAUAUUAGUUUUUCUGGAGGAAGUGAUGGCAAUGUUUUUAUCUGGAAAGACUCGACCCUCCAGAAGUCAGUCAAAGCUCAUGAAGGGCCUCUGUUUGCCAUGCACUCACUAGACAAGGGUUUUGUGACGGGGGGUAAAGAUGGCAUGAUUGGUUUGUGGGAUGACCAGUUUGAGCGAUGCUUGAAACAGUACUACAUCAAAAAAUCAGGAAUUGAGCAGUCUUCUAGAGGCAUGCUGAUGACAGAAUUACCAGCUGUGCGGGCCAUUGUUCUGGGUCACGGAAAAAUCCUGGUGGGGACCAAGAAUGGGGAGGUUCUGGAGGUGGACAAGGGAGGACCCAUGACAAUCCUGGCACAGGGCCAUAUGCAAGGAGAGCUCUGGGGGUUAGGGAUGCACCCCACACAGCAGAUUUGUGCCACUGUGAGUGAUGAUAAGACUUUGAGGGUGUGGGAUAUUGGAUCUGAUCACAGGUUGAUUAACUACAAAAUCCUCAAACAGGCUGCGAGAAGUGUGGCUUUCUCAUCAGAUGGGAAAUUUCUGGCUGUUGGACAGAAAGAUGGGAGUUUUAUGGUGGUCAAUAUAGACAACAUGGAGGAAGUCAUCUCCUUCCAUCACAGGAAAGAAGAAAUCUCCGAUAUCAAAUUCUCCCCAGAGGAGGGAAAGUACCUGGCUGUGGCCUCCCAUGACAACUUUGUAGACAUCUACAAUGUCCUGAGUAAGAAGAGGGUGGGGACAUGUAAGGCAGCCUCCAGUUAUAUCACACACGUGGACUGGGACAAAGCAGGGCGAUUACUAAUGGUUAACACCGGGGCUAAGGAACAGCUGUUCUACGAGGCCCCGCGUGGGAGAAGAGUGACUCUCAGUAACUCGGAGAUAGAGAAAAUCGACUGGGCUUCAUGGACUUGUGUUCUAGGGAAGACCUGCGAGGGGAUCUGGCCUCCUAAAAGUGACAUUACUGACGUGAAUGCCACAUCUCUCUCAAAGGACAAACAGUUACUGGCUACCGGCGAUGACUUUGGAUUUGUCAAGCUCUUCCAGUAUCCAGUUAAGGGAAAGUUUGCCAAACACAAGCGCUAUGUAGGUCACUCUGCCCAUGUGACCAAUGUGCGGUGGUCGUCAGAUGACAAGCUGCUGGUGUCUACAGGUGGGGCUGACACCGCGGUAAUGGUGUGGCAGUGUACGUCCGCGGCGGACAGGAACACCACAUGUGGUGAGAGUGACGACUCUGACACAGACUCUGAGGAGGAGGGAGGUUAUGACAGUGAUGUUGAACGAGAGAAAAAUAUGGAUUACAACACGAAGAUAUAUGUCAACCCAAUCCGAGAGAAAGAGGGCACUAAACCUCAUCUUCAAGAGCACACAGAGGUGGAGAAACCCAGUGUCAGUAGAAAUGCACCUGUUCCACCCAAAGUCCAGAGAGCAGAGAUUCCCAGCUCUGGUUCUAAACGCAAGAAAAGAACACCAGUCAAUGACUUACAGUUGGAAUACGUCCAUGGAUACAGAGGGUUUGACUCCAGGAAUAACCUCCACUACAUCAAUGAUGGGGCAGACAUUGUCUUCCAUGCAGCAGGAGCAGGCAUUGUCCAGAAUCUGUCUACAGGACAUCAAAGUUUCUACUUGGAACACACGGAUGACAUCAUAUGUUUAGCAGCUAAUCAAAAUAACAAGUUUAAGAACAUUGUGGCCUCUGGUCAGAUAGGAAACCCUCCCUCCAUUCACAUUUGGGAUGCUGCCACCAAGGAGACAAAGUCAAUACUAAGGGGAGGCCACUCUAGAGGGGUGUGUUCAGUGGACUUCUCCUGUACUGGGAAGUACAUUGUGUCUGUAGAUUUGGCAGAUGAUCACCAGAUAGCUGUUUGGAGAUGGCAGGAAGGUGUAAAAGUUGCAAGUGCCCCAGGACACAACCAGCGGAUUUUCCGGGCUGAAUUCCGGCCUGAUUCAGACAGUCAGUUUGUGUCUGUUGGGGUGAAACAUGUGAAGUUUUGGACGGUAGCUGGCAGCGAGCUGCUGGGUAAGCGUGGUAUUCUAACGGACGCCGGGUCGGGAACUCAGAUAAAGACUCUACAGACCAUGCUAUCUGUGGCAUUUGGAGCUAACAAUGUGACCUUCACUGGGGCAAUGAAUGGAGAUGUUUAUGUGUGGAAGGAUGUGACUUUGACCCGGAUAGUUCCUAAGGCCCAUAAUGGACCUGUAUUUACCAUGUUUACUACACUUAGAGACGGCUUUAUAGUCACAGGAGGAAAGGAGGGAUCAAGUAAAGAUAAUGGCCCGGUAAAGCUGUGGGACCAGGAAAUGUUGAGACGUAGAGCAUUCCCCCUCACUGAGACAGGAAACAAGAUAGAUGUGGUUAAAUCAGUCUGUAGAAUCAAGGGUAAGAUUUUGGUCGGGACAAAGGACAACACGAUCCUAGAGAUCACAGAGAAGAAUGCAGCGGUCCAGGUCCUGGUAGCAGGUCACGGGGAGGGGGAGGUGUGGGGACUCGACGCUCACCCCGUCCUCUCCAGAUUUGUCACCGCCAGCUUUGACGGCUCUGUACGAGUGUGGGACCUGACAAAUAAGUCCUUGGUUGGGAAGUUGUCGGUGAGUGCUGCUCGCUCAGUUGCCUUCAGUAUGGAUGGAGAGUUAAUUGCUGUGGGUUGUAAGAAUGGGGAAUUCCUUGUCUUCUCGGCCAAUGAAUUAAAGUUACUGGGAAAGAGACGAGAUCGCUCAGGGGCCAUAAAUGACAUCAGAUUCAGUCCAGAUAAGAAGCACCUGGCCGUUGGGUCGGAGGAGAACUGUGUGGAUUUUUACGACCUGACCUCGGGGCCUGCCCUCAAUAGGAGUGGCUACUGUAAGGGGAUUCCGAGCUUUGUUAUCCAGAUGGACUUCUCAGCCGACAGCAAGUACAUCAGGGUAAGCACGGGAGCUUAUAUACACCAGGUGUUUGAGGUUCCCAGCGGGAAAAUCAUAGAAGACCAGAAAAUCAUAGAUAGCAUCACAUGGGCUUCGUGGACAAGUGUUCUGGGGAAGGAGGUGGUGGGAAUCUGGCCCAAGGACUCCAGUAAUGCCGACGUGAACUGUGCUCACCUCUCACAUCUGGGAACAGCCCUGGCCACGGGUGACGACUUUGGUUAUGUCAAAUUGUUCAACUUCCCUUGUUCAGAAAAAAAUGCACCUCAUAAAUCGUAUGUGGGACACUCAGCCCAUGUAACUAAUGUCCGCUUCUCAUUUGACGACAAAUACUUAAUAAGUACUGGAGGAGAUGAUUGCAGUGUCUUUGUAUGGCGUUGUCUCUGAGCAUAAAGACUACAAAAGACAGCCUGUGUCCGUUCUCCUGGAAGAACUCAUCUAAGAAAUAACCAAGGACUAGAAGUACAUGUAGAUACAACUGAAAAACACUGUUAAUUAUACAUGUAGAUUAAUAACUCUAAAUAUUACUUUACUUAGAUAGUGUCCCAAUCUUAAAAAUUUUACUUAUACUGGUCACAUAUUUGACCAUUAGGCAGCAUGAAGUAUGAGUGGUUGUGUAUUCCUGGAAUUUGUGGAGAAGUGUGAGUCAGUAUACUCAUCAAGAGAGCUUGUAGAAGUACCUUAUUAUAAUCUUCCAUGUAUUAAUUGUCUAAUGUAUACAUAUCUAAACAUACAGUCAAACUUCCCUCGAAGUCAAUGGGCUGAGAAGAAAACUUGAGAUAUCCAAGGAUUUGAGACAUUGAGGUUCAAAAACAUAUAGAAAUGGUGAUUGGGACAUGUAACUCCUCUUGACAUAUCUAUGAUAUUGGAGGUAUCAGUGAAAGAGAUACCAAAGUUUAACUGUAGCUGUAUUAUUAUCUAACUGUAGUUGAGAGAGGAUGGUUUUUUUUAUUUAUGUUUAAAAGAUAUGUUUGUAUUCUAUGUUAACUCAUAUGUAUAUCUUCAGGAAAAUGAAAUAUUUUUAUGUCUCCGUCCACUUAGAAGAUUUGCCUUCAGGCUUCAGUCUUAUUUUGUACUUUUAUUUUUUAUAUACAUUACAGUUUUACAUAAGUUAUGUAACUUCUAGAUCUGGAUAUUUGAAAAAUUUCAAAAUUGACUAUAAAUCUUUUAUGGUUUUUGAUACUUUAGUCACAUCAGAAUGUGAUAUUAAAAUGUCACAAUUUAUUGUAUCAAUGUAAAGAUCUGAAGAAAUUUUAAUCUUAUAAAUCAAAUUGUGAUUCCUUUAUGGUCUGCUACACAUUAUAGUGAUCAAUAAGAGGUUGUUUACAGAAAGAAACCAUAACAUAUACAAAAUUUAUUAACUUUACCACUCCAUAUUUUGUGCAGAUAUACAUGUUUUUGUUAACUUAUAAGCAACUUUUGUUCAAACUGUGAUAGCAUGAUUUUGAGAUUUAUGUAUAGCUUCAGCAAACUUUUGUUUCUUUGUUUUAUAAAGUAUAUAUUUAUAAAGAUGUAAUUACUUUACUAU